GUUUCAGCUACUACGUUUCCUCCCUCUCUAUCGUCCAGGAAAUUCUAAUUCUUACAUCACGACAUACCAAGGCGACCCAGAGCCAUAUAUGCUCGGUGUUUGUUGUUCCGGAGAUAUUUCAACUUUGCAACGGCUUUUCACUGAUCACGGCAUUCAACCCGGCAGUAAGCCUGUCUAUCCGAAAUUUAUUGACCCAGGCAGCCCUCAAGAAGCAUUAACUACAACUAUGGGGCUCCAAAUUCCCCCUACGGGCAAAUUGCUCGAGCGAGCUGUAGCAGCGGAACAAGUCGCCGUCGUAAAGUUUAUUCUUCAUAUGUACCCCUCGUUCUCGCUCAUGCAGGAGCACGGGAUCGUCCGCGCGGUCCUCGAGCACCCCAAUCCAGCAGUAUUGCAAGUUCUCUUAUUGCAAGUUCUCUGCGGCCACAAACGUGGCUUUGCUAGCUUCUCUAUCGACUCCGGCAUGCGGUGCUUUCUCACGGCGGGGAUGCGUGUGCCCGGCCGCCGGAGGAGAUCGGACCGGUGCUGCACGUGUUACUGGACUACGGCGCCGACGUGCAUGAUGGGUGGGGCCCUGGCGGAGGCGCGUUGUAUGCAGCGGUGAUUGGUGGGCAGUCGCUUGAGAUUGUGGAGAGGAUACUGGAGAGGACUGGCGCGGUUAGUAG